AUGGUACUUUGGUUGAACAUUAUUACCCUCUUUCGAUCGCCAAGGAAGAUUGAAGAGAGAGACUGGAAGCCAAUCGAGCAGAGCAGUGACACAAUAGUUCAAACAAUCAAAGAUACUGUGGACAACUUCAUCAAAGUUUCCCAGAUUGCUUUGAAUAAUAAGCAAUACGAAGAGUGGGCACUUUACACAGAACAUCUGAAGUCACUUGGGAUAGACGGUGACUUGAAUACCCAUAACUCGAGCAUCUUACCCAAUGGAGAAGCCACUUGUCACAAACUACCAUUCGCCCCUAACGCUAACUUUUUUGGACGUGAGUCUCAUCUAAGAGGAUUGACCAGCUCGUUCCGCUUGGAAGAGGAGCCAACCUCUAUGGGACUGCUUUCUGUCGCGUUGCAUGGAUUAGCCGGUAUGGGCAAAACGCAGAUUGCACUGCAUUUUGCUCACCAACAUACGUGCACGUAUCCCGUCAUUCUUUGGUUCAAUAGCGAGACCGAGGAAUCUUUGAAACAGAGCUUCAGCUCUGCUGCUGCUAAGCUUUUGGGUCUACCAGACGCCAAAGCAAAUCAAGACUCUGAAAACCGACUUGUCCUUCUUAAAUGGCUGGGAGACACAGGUCAGCUCGCCCAACCUUUUGAUAAUACACUAGAAACGGUCUCCCAAUUUUGUCUCUAUCCGCUGCUAACUAUUAGUGGAUAG